CCAGUUUCCUAUAGAUAUCUUGUCAGUGAAGAGGGACCAUGACUUCUUGGACAGGGACCUGGUGGAACCGCUGUGUCGACGUCUUAACACCCUGAACAAGUGUUUCUCCAUGAAACUAGACGUCAGCCACCCCAGGAAGAAAACUGAUGAUUCAGACGACGAUGACCCGCUGGCCAUCAGUAAGAGAUGGACCUUUGAAUGGAACAGCCGGCGCUGGUCCCGCCUCCAGGACAUGCACUUCCUGCUGGGCUCGCCCAAUGAGAGCAGCCCUGAGGGGUGCCAGGGGGAGGGGCGACUGAGGAGCACGGUGAGCAGUGAGAGCGUCCUGACGGACCUGAGCGAACCAGAGAUCACGGAUAUAUCCUCUCUGCACAGUCAAGACUCUCUGGGAGCCAUGCUUCCUGACUCUUUCUCUAUGGCCUCACUGGCAGGACCCUACCAGCCCCCAGGAGACCUGUCCCACUACAACUCUCUACCAAUCAAAAGUAGCCGUCACGGCCAGGGUGGGCGGAGUCCGGCAAAGGCCUUCCUGCGUCGCAUGGAGAUGAUGCGUACCUGGGGGCCGUCCUCCAAGAGGAAGUCAGGAAGUGGACGGGCGCCGCUCGUCAUCAGUGGGCCGGUCCUACAUGGGGAGGAGCCCCAGGCGUUACAGACACUCCACUGUGUUCCCAUCAAUCAAUCAGAGGACAGUCCUCAUCCUCCCCACCAAUCAGACGACAACUCGUCCCGUAUCGCUCUCGGCAACGGCAGCAAGGGCCAAUCGGUGACGAGCGGUGUGAGCUCCAUGCGCCCCUGUGUGAGGGAGUCUGUCUCCAAGCCAAAAAGAGGAAGUAUGUACCUGGAAGACAUGGAGCUGCUCUCUGGCGCCCCCCAUGUUUGGAGGACUGAAGCACAACAGAGCCCGUUCAGCAGGAACCACUUCCGCUCCUAUGAGGACCUGCUGGUCCACAUCCCCAAGAACCACAAACCAGGCACCUUCCCCAAAGCCUUGUCUAUAGAGAGUCUAGCCACAGCCACCAACCACCAGCACCAGACCCCCUCUCCCUCCCCACUCCACCGCAGCAAAGGCUCCCCCUGGGCGGGUACGGCUCUGUCCAAGAAGCCUCCCUGUCCUGGAGCUCCGCGGGGCAGCAGGGUGAGUGUGUAUGACAACGUCCCCGGGUCUCACCUGUACGCGUCCACAGGUGACCUGCUGGAUGUGGACCGAGACGAUCACCUGUUCCCCCACCUGGAUGACAUCAUCAGUCACAUCAGCGGCCUGCAGCAGAUCGUAGACCACUGGAGUCGCAGUGUGCUGCCGGAGGGUGGCGUGGGGGAGGAGGGGGAGGCAGGGGAGGGAAAGAGGGGUGAGGAUGAGGGGGAGGGAGAGGGGAGGACCACACCCAGUGAGGGGGAGGGAGAGGGGAGGACCACACCCAGUGAGGGGGAUGGAGAGGGGAGGACCAUGCCCAGUGAGGGGGAGAGAGACGGGGUCUCCCUGACUGACAUGGAGUCUACAGGGACCAGAGAGAGGAGAGACUCUGGAGUGGGAGCUUCCCUUACCAGACCACGUCUGCGGUGGCCGAGCUUCCGCCUCUCUGACCGUCUGCGCCAAUCAGGCUCCGCGCUGCAGAUCAGUAGCCAAUCAGCAGGCCAGCUCAGCCUGCUCCAGAAGUUCUCUCUGCUCCGACUCACAGCCAUCAUGGAGAAUUACUCCAUGUCUAACAAACACGGCUGGACCUGGUCUGUCCCUAAGUUUAUGAAGCGUUUGAAGGUCCCUGACUACAGAGAGAGGAGCGUGUUUGGUGUUCCCCUCAUCGUUCACACACAGCGCUGUGGUUACCCUCUACCUCUUUGUCUACAGCAGGCCCUGAGGCAUCUCAGGAUGCACUGCCUUGACCAGGUGGGUCUGUUCCGUAAAUCUGGUGUGAAGUCUCGUAUCCAGGCGUUGAGACAGGAGUGUGAGACCUGUCCUGACAGUGUGUGUUACGAGGACCAGUCAGCGUACGACGUAGCAGACAUGGUGAAACAGUUCUACAGAGACCUUCCUGAACCUCUGCUGACGAGCAAGCUGGGAGAGACCUUCCUGCAUAUAUACCAGUAUGUCCCUAAGGAGCAGAGGUUGCAGGCCGUGAGGGCGGCCAUCUUGCUGAUGUCAGACGAGAACAGGGAAGUGCUCCAGACGUUGCUCUGCUUCCUGCGUGAUGUCACUUCCUGUGUAGAGGAGAACCAGAUGACCCCUAUGAACCUGGCUGUGUGUCUGGGCCCCUCCCUGUUCCACCUCAACAUACUGAAGAAUGACAACCUGUCCCCCAGGUCGAUCCAGAGGAAGUAUGCUACGGGCCGUCCGGACCAGAAGGACCUGAGUGAGAACCUAGCCGCCACACAAGGCCUGGCUCACAUGAUCACUGAGUGCCAGCACCUGUUUGAGAUCCCACAGGACAUGGUAAGCCGGUCCCAUAACUCCUACAUGGAAGCUGAGUUACUAGCGCCCCCUCUGGACGAGCUGCGUAAGACACAUGACGACGAGGAGGAGGAAGAGGAGGAGGAAGAGGAGGAAGGAUCCUACCACACACACAUGGAGGGGCUGGUCCAGGGUCUACUAAAGGAGGCCAGAGACAGCAGCAAAGGAUGGGUCUCCCGGGCUACCAGUGACCACACUGAACUGGCCUGCAAAAAGGUGGGUGAUGGUAACCCGCUGCGGCGGUGGCGUGUGUGUGUGGAGGUGUGUGCGACGCCCAGUGAGGUGUUGGAGAGGCUGCUGCGGGAGCGCCCCCUGUGGCAGACAGACGUACUGCAGGAGAAGGUCCUGGAAACCCUGGGCAGACAGACAGACAUCUACCAGUACAGCUUGCAGAGCAUGGCCCCACACCCCAACACUGACUACGUGGUACUGAGGUCGUGGCGUAGCAACAUUUGUAAGGGUUGCAGUGUGUUGGUGUGUGUAUCAGUGGACUAUGAGGACAGUCCAGCCAUGGUAUCAGUCAGAGGAGUGGUUCUAGAAUCACAGUACCUUCUAGAACCCCACGGAACCGGGAGGUCCAGACUCACACACAUCUGCAGAGUCGAUCUGAAGGGCAGGUCUCCAGAGUGGUACAACAAGGUGUUCGGUCACCUGUGUGUCUCUGAGGCCCAGAGGAUCCGUUCCUCUUUCCUCCCUCCAGACCCCCCAGGCCCAGAGACCAAGAUCUGAACCCCAGGACCAGGGCAUGAGGCUGGGCUACACCGCCAGGGAGCACGGCCCCAAGGACCAGAAGACCAGAGAGAAGUAAAAACACAGAAGAACAGGAGGGCUAGAACCGUGGACCUAUGAAGCUUGGACCGAGAUUCAUGGACCUAGAACCAGGGAAACUAGAAACAGGGAACCUAGAACCAGGGAACCGAGGAACCAGGGAACCUAGAACCAGGGAACCUAGAACCGGGGAACCUAGAACCUGGGAACCGAGGAACCAGGGAACUGAGGAAGCAGGGGGGAAGACUAGUUCGACCUAUAACUAGGAACCAGGGUUCUGAAAGCAGCGACCUAGAACCAGGGAACAACGACUGGUGAUAUAAAAUGUAGAACCAGGAAAUAUGGAACAAUCUAUCAGGGAUUCUUAAACUGUUUCAGAAAUUGACUGUCCUCCCAUGACCCAAAUCGUCCUCCAACGACCCAAAUUAAGAAGAAAUAGUGUGUGAUGAUAGAUGUAUUCUGAAAACUCACGACCCACCUCUCACAUGCCCAGGGACCCACUUUGGGUGCCGACCCAUAGUUUAAGAAACCCUUUUUUAAACCUCUGAACCAGAGAUUUGGAACAAUCUAAUGUAGAACCAGUGACACUGAACAAUAUUGAACUUGGAACAAGGGAUACGGAACGUUCUAGAACUUUGAACCAGUGACACUGAAUAAUCUAGAAUUCAGAACCAGGGAUAUGGAAUGUUCUAGAUUGAAUUUGAAGACAGAUCUGGGCCCAGAUUCACAAAACAUUUCUUACGCAAAAAAAAUGUAAGAAGCUGCUUAAGAAAAAAAACAAGAAGUUCAUAAGAUAGUGCAUUUCCUCCACAAUAUCUUAAGAUUGAAUGAUUUUACGAACUCCUGAAAUAUCUUCUUACAAAUCUUCUUAAGAUGUUUGUUGCUAGGCAACCGGUUUAGCUAGCUAUCUAGCUAACAACAGUAAUCAUGUUAGCAUAUUUCCUACUGAGAUUACUGUUCUAAAACAUGUUCUUGGGGUUAAAAUAACCAAUACUGAAACUUUCAGAUGAAGUUUUUAAAUGAAUUAAACAGGUUCAAUAGUUUUCAUGAGCGUAUUCUCUCACUGCCCUGAGUUUAAGACGAGGGUUUAGCUAUCUUGGAAUUACGAACAAAUCCAAUAACUUUAUUUAAGAAUCACAUUUCUUCUUAACUUUUUGUUUAAGGAGAAAUUAUAAAAAAUGAACCCUUAACAUUUCCAAUAACCUUUUUGAGGAAUAUCAACUUUGCUUAACUUUCUUCAUAAGUCUACAGUUAAGGGGAAAAAAUGUCAGUUAAAAAGACAUUUCUUCUUAAAGAAGGUUUUGUGUAUCUGGGCCCCUGCUUCCUAAAGCUUUAUCUUUGCUCUCAGCAUCAGCAUCACCGUCCGUUUAAACUACUAUUAUUAUUCAUAUUAUUAGUACUAUCAUCUUUAUUGUCUGUGUUAAUUAUAUUAUUAUUGUAUUAUUGUUAUUUUAAUAUUAUGACAUCAUCAUUGUUGUUGUAUAAUCGUUGCUUUCUUUUAAUCCUGUUAUACAAUGUCUAGGACAUUUACCCAUUUCACUGCUUCUGGGAAGCGUGUGUGUGUGUGUGUGUGUGUGUGUGUGUGUGUGUGUGUGUGUGUGUGUGUGUGUGUGUAUGCGUG